AAGCACGGAAAGAAUGCCUCCGGGCAGAGAACACUCUCUGAAAGGGUGCAAUGGAGGAGUCUCAACAGAUUCACGUAUAAACUGUGCAAUAUCUUACCGUGGCAAGCUCUUUACACGCACGUUUUCGAGCCGGUAUCUUUCCGCCAACACGGUGAGACGUCCAAUAACUGCGCACUUACCGUAGUGUAGCUUCAGGUAGUUGGGUUCCAGCACCAAUUCCUCAACCAGCAGGCUCUCAAAGAAGUUUGUAUAUUGCGGCGACGGUGCAACUUCGCGCUCUUGGCUCAUUUCGCAAAAACAUUUUCCGGAAAAAGGAAGAAGAAGACCCUCUGCGCGCAAAGUGUUGUGCAGAGCAUAAAACAAAGUGGAAGUGCUGCCAUAUCGGCAAAGAGCGAUGACACGACAGUUAUCGGUGGACGCCCAUCACCAAGUGCUUGCGAGCAAAAACAGCGGCAUUUCUUAAAUUCGUUAACUUUUCUAUCAAGUAAUAUCAGAAAAUGUCGUUUAUGAACCCCGUGGACAUGGUGGAUGAGGAUGCCGCCGACCUGCAGUUCCCCAAAGAGCUAAAUGCUAGUACCGGGGUGGGCGCCCUCACACAUGUUUACCAAUUGAAUGACCUUUUUUUAGACAAACUCAUAGCCGAUCAGGUCCAGCGUGCGACGGUGAAGUUUGCACGUGCCCGCCACGAUGGCCAGACAAAGUGCACCACCGUCUACUACCAGGCGAAUGCCCUGCACAGGCAGCUGGAUCAACUGGAGGAAAGGGCGCGCGAUCAGAGUAGCAACUGUAGUGUUCCUCCUGCCGACGCCGGCGGCCCCAGCUGUGCCACGUGUCGCUGCCACAUUAGCGAGCCGUACAUCAAGUGCUCCGAGUGCCUGGACACGUUGCUGUGCCUGCAGUGCUUUUCCCGAGGUCGGGAGAUAGCCACGCAUCGUAACUGCCACGCCUACAUCAUAGUACGCGACGACAUUCGCGUGUUUGCCGACGAGCCCGACUGGACGGCGCGGGACGAGCGUGUCCUGCUGAAAACGCUGCGUACGCAGGGCUACGGCAACUGGGAGGCGGUCUCGCAUGCUCUGGGCCAGCGGCACAGCCAAGCAGAGAUUCGUCGUCACUACCACGACUGCUACUUUGGGGGGAUCUUUGAGCGUCUGCUGGGACUGCAGCACGCGCGGCACAGCUACCUGCCAGAGCGAAUGCCUUACGUGUUCAAGAUGCGCAGCCUGGACCCGCCGCGUCACGAUGACAUCGCCUCCAUGCAGUUCAAGCUGAGUGCAGGCUAUCGCUGUGCCCGCGGCGACUUCGAUACGCCCUACGACACGUCCGCCGAGAGCCUUCUCUCCAUUAUGGUGGCUGAGGAGAGUUUCAGCAGCGAGGAUCAGCACGAGGUAAGCAGCAGGGAAAGACAGCUGACCGAGGUGCUGCACUUGGGCCUGGUGCGUGCCUACAACAAUCGCUUGAGAGAGCGAAGGCGUCGGUACAAUAUCAUGCGGCAGAACGGUCUCAUUAUGCCCAAUCGCACUGUGAGCUGGAUCACCAAAUAUGUGCACGCAUUCAGCAGCGAUGCCAGCUGCAUGCGCUUCCUGGGCUUCAUGCAGCUGUGCGAGCCCAUGCACUUCGACAUGCUGGUGGAGUCGCUGCGCUACUUUCGCGAACUGCACAACCGCCUGUACAAACUGUACGAUCUGCGCCAGCAGGGUGUCCGUACACUGUCCGGGGGGGCACGGUAUGCGCGUCUGCUCAGACAGCGCCAGGAGUCGCAGCGAGAGUACGCCAGGCAAAGGCAAAGCAAUGCCCUCGACUUGCAGCAAAUUGUGCAGAACUGCAGGAACUUUGGGAACGCCGAACAGUUGGCCGCGGGCCUCGGCUCCAAAAUCUAUCAGAACACGCGCAAGAAGGCCAGUCCCAUGGAGGUUGGAGAUCUUCCCGGUUACUCAAAGCUGGACGAUGCCGAGCGCAAGCUAUGCAGUGUGGUCCGUCUGGUGCCACAGUCUUAUUUGGACAUUAAGAAUCAACUCAUCUCGGAGCAGGCAAAGCUUGGGCAUCUGCGUCUGGCUGAUGCGCGGCGUCUCAUCAAGAUCGACGUGAACAAGACGCGUCAGGUCUAUGAUUUCCUGCUGGAGAAUGGCCACAUCAGCAGGCCCCCGUCCUAUGGCUAGCCCUUAGUUCUGCCCCAAUGUUUCACUUGUAAAUUGUCCAACCAGCAACAAUGCCUGUCCCCCCCUGCCAUCCAAGGACCUAAU